UGGUCCGGCCAGUGAUCUGGGUGCUCAGACUAGCUCGUUCGCAAUGAUGCCACAAAAGACUUCAAUCACAUCAAGUACAGAUCAGAUUAUGUCUUCCGCUUCUGCAUGGACCAGCUUGGCUUCUUCCUCCACUGCAUCGACUGCUGCGCAAUCCAGUGCGACUCUGGCCACGUCCUCAGACACGGACGUUUCGAGUUCAGCGACUUCACCGCUUCCGAGCACCAGUCAUACGUUAUCAUCAUCAUCGUCAUCUAUGUUCUCGCACUCCUCUUCAUCGCCAUCUCAUAGCGUUUCUUCCGCCAACUCCAGUUCUUCUGCUUAUGUGUCGAACGCAUCCACUUCCGGGUCCUCCAGUCACACAGCGAGCUUUUACGCAGGAGUUGCAUUCGCAGGGAUAACGGUAAUAGCCUUCUUAGUAGCUAUGGUGUCGUGGUGGUUGCGCUCUCGCAACCGGACAAAGCGACGCACGGUGGCAGACGCGACUAGCUGGCCAUGGGAGAAGGACACCUCGCAAAGAGACGUAGUCACUCAGGACCAGCUCGAGAUUGGGGCCAACGACGCACUCAGAUCUGAGUACGGUGCUAGCGGGACGCGCUAUGGGAUAGACUUUUUCCACGACAUACCGCUCGGCGAUGACCACGCAUCCCCUUUUCACGCUCUCACCUCGCAGCCAUCGGACUCAUCGAACACAUACCCGACCGUCCGGCUGAACGGCGCAAACUGCAGCGUCCCCGACCUCGCGCCGAAUAUGGGCACGCUGCAGGUGGCCAACUUCGCGCCGGGAGACCUGUCCUCGGGCUCGAGCGACGAGGCCAGUCGUGCCAGCACUGCGCUCGGCAUGGCACCCAUCUCGCGCACCGUCACGGCGGAGAGUGGCGCGCCGUACGAUCCGAUGGUUAGGGACCGCCCUCGGUUCCUUGGGUUGGAUGGUAAUGGGCUUGCUGUCCCAUGGGCUCCUCUACAACCCGGGAGACAGCAUAGCAGUGCGUCACAGAUCAUGCGGGCUGACGGCAUCAGUGAGAAAGACAUCGAGACGCUGCCAUAUCCUGGGGAUGCGUACGCCAUAGACCAAGGUUCGGGCGGUUGGGCCGCAUCUUUUAGGUUCAAUAUUAUCAAUGCAUUCCAUGCGGUAGUCAGCGCUGGAGGUGCUGGAGAGCAGCUCGACGAGGACCGCCUGACUUACUCGUAUCUCAGGAAGCUACGCGGUGGCAGGGAGAGUCGCGGCGCGACUGCUGAUGUAAACGUUCUGUCCCGAACGAGCACGGUCCAUUCGAACAUUUCCGAUGGGAAAGAAUGGACUACCGAUGGGGUGGACAGCAUACCACGAUUGGCCCACGUUCAUCUUUCUACUAUGCGCGAGCAGGCUGAUACGAUACCCGUUAUGCCUGCAAUGGAACAAGUGCAGAGACCUCCAGCCGCUCUUGUCAAGGACACCGAUCGCAGUGACAAUAGCGUCACAGCAUCAGGGCAACAGCUUGGGGGUCUCGCUCGAGCAGACAGCAUGUAUUCCUCGUCACUGCUUGCAAGGCCGUCAGGCAGGAUCAGACCCGACCCACCUCGAUUGCCCAGCAUCCCUUCAAUGUCGCUUUCACCCACAAUUUCUUCCUCUGCUCGCGCUGAACAGUCUAACAGGAAGAGCACCAGGAUGAGGCGCCGGAAGAAGACCCGUGCAGCUGCGCGUCCUGUCGUGAUCAAGCGUGCUUCGUCGUCGUUCUUCUCGGUAGGCUCGGAUAUGUCUAGACAAUCCAGCGUGCGCUCCGAACACUUGACGGAUGCUGAACAGUUUGCUAAGAGGAUGCUCCGAGAAAGGAGACGGAGGGUCAUGGAGAUGGGCAUAGGGCGGAAGCGUACUACAGUGAGAGACUCAGAGUGCAUUUAGAAUAAAUUAUAGUACUAUUAAUGUAUCUUCCCGCUCGAAUGGUUCAUAUGAAAAUCCGGCCACUUGUGAAUGACUUGGAAAAGGUGCCCUACAUCGUGACAGACGCAUACCCAAAGCUGGAAUCCGCCAGACCUCUAGCAAUGAGCGAGAAUUGCUGAGCGGCUUCUCGUAUGCGUUUCAUAUUACGAGAGCCGAGGACGGCCUUGAUGAACUUGUCCUUGGCUUGGCUAUUUGCUUUGGAGUCGGCGAACUCAUCGUGGUGCAGAAUCUCCGUCAUCCAAACCUUGCUCU